AUGAAGGUAGUGAUAGAUGGGUUUAUUCAUUGGAUUGCUUCUGAUGGUACUCUAGAGGGUGAUAUAUUAAAUAAAUUGGUAUUGUCAUUUGAUAUCAAGAGUGAACAAUUAACCGAAUUAUGCCUCCCACCUAGUUUAGCAGCUCCCACUUCACGGGCUAGUUUGAAUUUAUCUAAGCUUAGAGAGUCACUUGUCGUGCUUGAAGAAGCUGAAUGCGGAAAAGAAAUCGGUGUGUGGAUGAUGGAGCAUGGUGGUGUUCAAAACUCGUUCACAAAGCUAUUCACUGUCAACAAAUCACUAAAUGUACCACCGAUAUACGGGCUAAAUAUACUUGGAUUUACAAAUGAUGGCAAAACUAUAUCUCAUAUAGGUUUUUGUUUCUUGAGUGAUUUCCUUCCUAGUGAAUGGAAAAUUGUUUUUUAUGAAACUCACUCGAUCGAAAUGCUUCAAAAAUAUUGGGAUUUCUGCAAAUCGGUGUCCAUGUCUUGCAGGUUCAUAUAUGGAAACGCUAUUGUUGCUUGA